AUGUCACUAUUUGACCUCAAUUAGUUCUCAUUAAAUUAAGCAGAUUUAUAGCAAAAUAGAGCUGUUCCUGCAGAAGAAGAUUUAAGUUAUACUUACUUUUUAUCGAAUCAAGGAGUCUGUGAAUAAUAAACUUCAUGACAAAAUACUAUCAAAAUGAUUGCGGGCGAAAUUCAAAAAUACCUCUUGCUCAUCAAAUGCCAUCCGUGCCAUUUCAGAAGCCGCCAGGAAGGCGAGCCACCUUCCAUUUCAUUGCCGGCGGCACCGCUGGCUUCCUAGAGUUAGUCGCUUUCCAUCCCCUAAACGUGAUCAAAAACAGGAUGCAGUUGCAGGGAGACAAGCCGUUCCACGGUGAGAUUACCUACCAUGGAUCCCUGGACGCCAUUGCCAAGAUGUAUCGUUAUGAGGGGCUGAGCGCCUUUUUUAAGGGAAUCGUGCCGCCGAUUUGUGUGGAAACACCGAAGAGGGGUUUUAAGUUCCUGGCCUACGAGGCCAUCACGCCACACCUUAAGUUUGGAAGCCCAACACCGACACCACUGACAUAUGCAAUGACAGGAGCACUGGUUGGCGGCCUAGAAUCUAUCCUCACGAAUCCUUUCGAGGUGGUCAAGAUCAUGCAGCAGGCACACCGGGAAAAGCACUUGGACUCCAUGACGGUAGUAAAGUACACGAUCCGCAAACAAGGCUUUGGCUUCAAAGGUUUAUAUCGCGGCUUCAAUGCCCUCGUGGCCCGCAAUGCCAUUUUCAACUUUGGCUAUUUUGGAAUCUACAACAGUGCCACUCACAGUGGCACCAUUCCCGAGGAUCCCAUCGAGAAGUUCUUAUUUAAGUGCUUUCUUGGAAUGUUUGCCAGUGGCGUUGGCAGCUUUCUGAGCCUGCCCUUAGACUUGGCAAAAUCCCGGAUCCAGGGUCCGCAGCCGGUCAAGGGAGAGAUCAAGUAUCGGACAACUGUUCAAACUCUCAGAACUACGAUUCGGGAGGAGGGUGUCCGGGCACUGUUCAAAGGUCUUGCUCCAUCAUUGGCAAGGGCUGUUCCAGGUGGAGCCCUCCUAAUAGUGGCCUAUGAAUACAUUUACGACAUACUUAUUGAAUCAUUCGCAGAAUAGUUUAUUAUUACGGACUUUUUAUACCAAUCUAUUAAAAUUGUGCAAAUUGUUAUACGUGUUUAAGUAACAGACAU